CUUCAAAGUUCAUACCAACUACAUCUUCAACAGCUCCAAUUCAACUUCCUCCAAUCCGAUUCUCAGCUCUUGUUUUACACAAAGUUUAGCUUUUUCUUGUCUGGGUUUUUCUUGAAACCUUGGUUUCAAGCUUCUUGUGUGGUUUCAGAAUGGAUGAAAUUGAUGUUCCUCCAUUUUUUAUCUGUCCCAUUUCUCUUGAGAUUAUGAAGGAUCCUGUUACGGUUUCAACCGGGAUUACAUACGACAGGGAGAGCAUCGAGAAAUGGUUGUUUUCAGGGAAGAACAACACAUGUCCGGUUACAAAGCAAGUUAUUGCAGACUGCGACCUCACCCCAAAUCAUACCCUGAGGAGAUUGAUUCAAUCUUGGUGCAUGUUAAAUGCUUCCCAUGGAAUCGAAAGAAUCCCAACGCCAAAGCCACCCAUCAGCAAAGCUCAGAUAACCAAGCUCCUCAAUGAUGCCAAGUCACCACAUCAACAGAUAAAGUGUCUUAGGACGCUACAAUCGAUCGCUUCUGAGAAUGCUACAAACAAAAGAUGCAUGGAAAGUUCAGGCGCAGUUGAGUUCUUGGCUUCAAUUGUCAGCAAUUACGAUUUUACUGCAGCUGAAGAACCAUUUGAUAACGAGUUUGAGUCAACAAGACCAACUGAUGAGGCUUUAACCAUUCUCUACAAUCUCCAACUCUCAGAAGCUGCUCUCAAGAAUCUCAUGCGCAAAAAUGGUGAUUUCAUAGUCUCCUUAACGAGAGUAAUGCAACGUGGAAGCUACGAGUCUCGGGCUUAUGCAGUAUUGUUGUUGAAGUCAAUGCUGGAGAUAGCUGAUCCGAUGCAACUCAUCAGCUUGAGACCUGAAUUGUUCGUCGAAUUGAUUCAAGUUUUGCGCGAUCAAAUUUCUCAGCAAGCCUCAAAAGCUACUCUACAGUUGCUGGUCAGCAUCAGCCCAUGGGGAAGAAACAAGAUUAAGGCAGCUGAAGCCGGCGCGGUAUCUGUCUUGAUUGACUUGCUUCUUGAUUCAUCAGAGAGAAGGACUUGUGAGAUGAUACUAACAGUGCUGGAUGCCGUAUGUGGAUGCGCCGAAGGACGAGCCGAGCUGCUAAGGCAUGGAGCGGGGCUUGCAAUUGUUUCAAAGAAGAUACUUAGGGUUUCCCAGGUUGCAAGUGAAAGGGCAGUGAGAAUUCUGCUGUCUAUUUCCAAGUUCUGUGCCACUUCCAAUGUGCUUCAAGAGAUGCUGCAAUUAGGUGUCGUGGCUAAAUUGUGCUUGGUGCUUCAAGUGGAUUGUGGAUACAAGACUAAAGAGAGGGCCAGAGAGGUGCUUAAGUUGCAUGCUAAAGCAUGGAAGAAUUCUCCUUGCGUACCAAUCAAUCUGCUCUCUUACUAUCCAGCUUGAGAAGGAGAAAACUAUAGAUCAGAGAGACGCAAAGGAUUUUCAAUUUUUUCUUCUUUCUUUUACAAUAUAAUUAUGUACAUAAUUGUUCAUUGAGAAAAUUAAAUAGCAAAAGCAACAUACACGGGCAAAAAACUAAUGCCUGCACAAAAUUGUAUAAUUUAUGGCAAAAGAAUUUUGUUUUAUGUUUGGAAAA